AUGGAAAGCCUGCAGCGGCAGCAGGCGGCCCGUCUGGCCCGCGGCCCCGACGGCGCACCCCGACGGCCGCCGUUCGAAGCCGCUCCUGGUCCCGGCUCCGCUCUGCCGCCCUCCGCCCCCCGCCGCCGCCCGACCCCUGGCCCACGCCCGCUGGCCGCCGCAGCAGGGGAGGAGGAAGAGGAAGAGGAGGAUGAGGAGGAGGAGGAGGAAGGGGAGCCCUGCGACCCGCCACCCCCGCCACACCACGAGUGGACCUACGAGGAGCAGUUCAAGCAGCUCUAUGAACUGGAUGAUGAUCCGAAGCGCAAAGAAUUCCUGGAUGACCUCUUCAGCUUCAUGCAGAAGAGAGGGACGCCUGUGAACCGUAUCCCCAUCAUGGCCAAGCAAGUGCUGGACCUCUACACACUGUAUCGGCUGGUGACAGACAAGGGCGGCCUGGUGGAGGUCAUCAACAAGAAGAUCUGGCGCGAGAUCACCAAGGGCCUCAACCUACCUACCUCCAUCACCAGUGCUGCCUUCACCCUGCGCACACAAUACAUGAAGUAUCUGUACCCCUAUGAAUGUGAGAAGCGGGCUCUCAGCUCACCUGGGGAGCUUCAGGCUGCCAUCGACAGCAAUCGGCGGGAGGGGCGGAGGCAGACAUUUGGCACCACACUCUUCAACUACUCUCCCGCUGGCACCCCAACCCUGCUGGGUUCCCCCAAAAUGCCCUUGCCAGGUCUCAGCAUCUCCACCCAUAGCUGCAGCCAGAUCAGCCAAGUGCACGGUGUGAAGAAAGAGGAUGGCACAGUGCCUGGGCGCAUCGCCAUCCCAGUGGGGCUGUCCAGCCACCACCUCACAGCAGCCCAAGUGGCUGCAGCCUCGCAGGCAGCAGUGCUGGAGCAGUUGCGGGACAAGCUGGAGACUGGUGAGCCCCCGGAGAAGAAGGUGGCCCUGACGGUAGAGGAGCAGCAGCGGCUGAUGCAGCACGCCCUGCAGCACAACCUCCUGGCUGUAGCCUCCCAGUUUCCCAUGAACAUCAAAGUCUCCAACCGAGAUGACAGACAGGAGACCGCAUUGAACCUGUCCACCAACGGCAUUAGCAGUAUCAACAUGUCAAUAGAAAUAAAUGGAGUUGUCUACACAGGUGUCCUGUUUGCCCGCCGUCCUGCAGGCCUUUUGGCACCUGGUGGAGGGGGCACCCAAAGUGGGCCAAACCCUGCGGCCACCCCGAACCCACUGCCACCAGCCCCCUCACAAAGCCACACUCCCACUGGCACUGCGCCUUAGGGUCAGUGCUCCUCAAAGAGCUGCACUCCCAAACACGGGGCAAGGAUGUGCCCAGUCAGAAAGGGAUGUGCCCAUUGAGGGCCUGGGGGAACAUCAUGUUGCAGUGUGGGGCUGUGGCAGUGCAGAAAGCAACCAUGGGGGCCCUUUCAUCCCUCACCCACAGGUGUGCAACUACCCCUCACCCAUGUGGACCCCCAAAACAUGCAUCUUCUGUGACACCCAUGCAACUCCUGCUGGCCUGGAACCCCAGCACCCUGCAGACUGCAUUCCCUUGAUGCAGUCUCUGCAUUCCACAUACUUGCCUCAGUACUCACUGCAGCCACAUUGUAUACCUCGGAUGCUACAGACCGUACACCUUGUUGCUCACUUUGCAUCCCCUGUACACACCUCUGCACAUUCUGUAUCCUCUGUAGUGACCUUGAUGCACUCACUGCAGCCCCUACGCACCUCGAGUGUAUGCAUUGCAGUCCCUAUACACACCUUGGUGCAUAUACUGUCCCCUCCGCAUUGCAAUGCUGUCUGACACACUGCUUUCCUUAUAUACAUCUCUUUGCACACUGUGCUCCUUACACAUGCUGGCAUCUCCCACACACAGCAUCACCAAUACACACCCUACACUGACCCCUGUCCACUCCCCUGAUGCACACUGUGUCCCCUACACAUUCCUCGUACGUACUAUACACCCUCCACACACACUCAGAACAAUUGCUGCCGCCCUCCCUCUCACUCCCCCCACACUGCCCCACCCUGUGACACCCCCGGGGUCACCCGAGGGCAGUGGCACCCAGCGCUGGGGACACCUCAAGCCCCCAGCUCGUGGGGGGGGGGGUGC